AUGGACCAAACUCAGCAUUCAAGCAAAACAGCAGAGGCCCAACCUUCAAGACCAGAGAAAACAAGGCACUGUGAUGGAUUCAAGAUAUUUUUGGCAGCCCUCUCAUUCAGCUAUAUAUGCAAGGCACUAGCUGGAAUCAUUAUGAAAAGUUCCAUCACACAAAUAGAAAGGAGAUUUGACAUAUCUUCUUCCACUUCCGGUUUGAUUGAUGGAGGAUUUGAAAUUGGGAAUUUGUUUGUUAUUGUAUUUGUGAGUUACUUUGGAUCCAAACUACACAGACCAAAGUUGAUUGGAAUUGGAUGUUUCAUCAUGGGCCUUGGGAGUAUUAUGACUGCAAUGCCUCAUUUCUUCAUGGGAUAUUACAGGUACUCAUCAGAAGAUGACAUCAACUCUCUAAGCAACUCCACAUUGAUCUGUUUAGCCAAUAAAACUACAUCACUCACUGAAACCUCACCUGAGAUAGUGGGGAAAGGUUGUGAAAAGGGAUCCAAGUCACACAUGUGGAUUUAUGUGUUGAUGGGGAACAUGCUUCGUGGGAUAGGAGAAACACCAAUAGUGCCCCUGGGAAUUUCCUAUAUUGAUGACUUUGCAAAAGAAGGGCACUCCUCUAUGUACUUAGGUAUUCUGAAUACAGUAGCAAUGAUUGGUCCAAUCAUUGGCUUUAUCAUGUCAUCUGUGUUUGCUCGGAUGUAUGUAGACAUUGGAUUCGUAGACCUGAGAAGUAUCCGAAUAACUCCUAAGGAUGCUCGUUGGGUUGGUGCCUGGUGGCUCAGUUUCAUGGUGUCUGGACUAUUAUCCAUUAUUUCUUCUAUACCCUUCUUUUUUCUACCCCAAAUUCCAAAGACAAUACAGAAGGAAAGGAAAAAUUCAGCAUCUCCGAAUGUAUUCAGAACAGAUGAAGAAAAGAAUAACAUGACUAAUUUGACCAACCAGGAGAAAAAAGCUCCUGUCAACAUGACAGGUUUUCUAUGGUCUCUGAAAAGCAUCCUUACCAACCAUCUGUAUAUUAUAUUUGUGGCAUUAACAUUGCUACAAAUCAGCAGCUUUAUUGGCUCCUUUACUUAUGUCUUCAAGUUUGUAGAGCAACAAUUCGGCCAGUCAGCAUCCGAGGCCAACUUUGUACUAGGAGUUAUAACUCUACCUACUAUGGCAACUGGAAUGUUUUUAGGAGGAUAUAUCAUUAAAAAAUUCAAAUUGACCCUGGUUGGAAUUGCCAAGUUUGCAUUUUUCACCUCUUCAGUAGCCUAUGUGUUUCAGCUAUUAAAUUUUUCUCUAAUCUGUGAAAACAAACCAUUUGCUGGCCUAACCUUGACCUAUGAUGGAAUGAAUUCAGUGGACUCUCACAUAGAUGUACCACUUUCAUAUUGCAAUUCAGACUGCAGUUGUGAUAAAAACGAAUGGGAACCCAUCUGCGGGAAGAAUGGAGUGACUUACAUUUCACCUUGCCUGGCAGGAUGCAAAUAUUCUAGUGGGGAUAAGAACCCUAAUAAUACAGUAUUCUAUAACUGCAGUUGUAUCAGAGACUCUGGUUUCCAGAACAGCAAUCAUUCAGCCCAUUUGGGUGAAUGCCCAAGAGACAAGUGCAAAACCAACUACUACUUUUAUAUAACUUUUCAAGUCUUUAAUUCUUUCUCUGUUGCAAUGGGGAGCACCUCUUUUAUCUUGAUUCUGAUAAAGACUGUCCAACCUGAAUUGAAAUCACUUGCAAUGGGUUUCCACUCGCUGGUUAUACGUGCGCUAGGAGGAAUUUUAGCUCCAGUCUAUUUUGGGGCCUUAAUUGACAAAACGUGUAUGAAGUGGUCUGUCACCAGCUGUGGAGCACGAGGAGCAUGUAGGGCAUAUAACUCUGAAUUGUUUGGAACCAUCUACUUGGGUUUGGUCACAUCUUUAAAAGCUCCAGCACUUAUUUUAUAUGUUGUAUUUAUUUAUGCUCUGAAGAAAAAAUAUGAAAGAAAAGAUAGCAAAACAUUGGAAAAUGGUGGAAAAGUCACAGAUGAAGCAAUUCCAGAAUCGUUAAAUAAAAAUGGAUACCAUUCUGUACCUUCUGGUGGAUCAUACACUGAAACACCUCUUUAA